AUGCGUUUUCCUGUGGUAGUUGGGCUAUUUUCCACUCUUUCAAUUGUCUCAGCUAUUGAUCAUAGACCGGAUCAUCGAUAUCAUGAUGCACACAGGAGGUCUUCGGAUAACUCCACCACAGAAUAUGAUUAUGUUGUUGUUGGCUCUGGCGCCGGAGGUGGCCCUGUAGCGGCACGAUUGGCCAUUGCAGGCUACAAGGUUCUUCUUCUAGAAGCAGGAGAUGACCAGGGAAAUGCGACUCAGCAAAUUGUCCCCGCUCUGCAGCUCCAGUCCACCGAAUACGAGCCGAUGAGAUGGGAUUAUUUCGUGAAUCACUACUCGAACUUGACUCGUCAGGAAGAAGACAGCAAAAUGACUUACCGGACACCUGCUGGUGACCUCCAUGUUGGAAGCAAUGCGCCCAAUGGGUCUGAACCUUUGGGAAUUUUAUACCCUCGAGCCGGUACUUUAGGUGGAUGCUCUGCUCAUAAUGCCAUGAUCACGAUCUACCCGUACGAGAAUGACUGGGAGCAACUGGCCAGUCUCACUGGCAAUGAUUCAUGGUCUGCCUCGAAUAUGCGACAAUACUUCGAGAGACUAGAGCGCAACCGAUACCUUCCCAGCAGCAUCAUAGGCCACGGAUUCGACGGAUGGCUUACAACGAGCCUCACAGACCUGCGUCUUGUCAUUGAAGACCAAAAGCUUCUGUCCUUGAUCCUGGCCGGUGCGACCGCCGCGGGUCAAACACUGCUGGGCAAACUGAUCACUACGGUCACGGGCCUCGCCCGAGUUCUGCUGCGUGAUCUUAACAACCCCCUUCCUUCGCGUGACUACGAGGAGGGUCCAUACCAAGUCCCUCUCGCCGUAGAUGUCCCCGAAUAUAAGCGGACAGGUCCUCGAGAAUUCCUCAUGAAGACAGUCAAUGCUGUAAACUCGGAUGGUUCGCGAAAGUAUCACCUUGAUAUCCAGUUGAACACCUUGGUAACCAAGCUCCGGUUCGAUACCACCGGAGCGAAGCCACGGGCUACCGGUGUUGACUAUCUUCGAGGACAGAGCCUCUACCGUGCAGACCCCCGGGCUUCCCAGACAUCGUCUAAUGGAACACCGGGUAGCGUGAGUGCUUCUCGUGAAGUGAUCCUGUCUGCAGGCUCAUUCAACACCCCCCAGCUGCUGAAGCUGAGUGGUAUUGGCCCAAAGGAGGAGUUGUCCAAAUUUGGAAUCUCAACCCUGGUGAAUCUCCCCGGCGUCGGUCGUAAUCUUCAGGAUCGGUACGAAAUAGGUACAGUGGGCAAGUCACCCACCGAUUUCGUCCUCACAUCGAAGUGUACCUUUUUGUAUUCUCUUCCCGACCCCUGUUUGGAACAGUAUGAAAACAAUCCUUUGUUCAAAGGUACAUAUACCACCAAUGGAAUCGCCAUCGCCAUCAUUCGCAAGUCGUCUGUUGCAGAAGAUGAGCCCGACCUACUGAUCUCAGGAGCACCCGUCAACUUCCCCGGCUAUUAUCCCAACUACUCCUACGAGGGUCUCAAAGAUGCCCAGCACUGGACCUGGAUUACGUUAAAGUCGCGCUCUCGCAAUAACGCUGGUACAGUUGAGUUGCGCUCUACCGACCCGCGUGACAUGCCCCUUAUCAACUUCCACUCGUUCGAUACCGGAGUGACCACAGAUGGUGCAGAUGACAAGGACCUGCAGGCUGUAUAUGAAGCAAUGCAGUUCUCCCGCACAAUAUUCGAUGACCUUAUUCCCCUUGAUGGCGGGUUUGAAGAGGUCUGGCCGGGACCCAAUGUCACUACUGAGAAUGAACUGAAAGACUUCAUUAAAAAAGAGGCAUGGGGUCACCAUGCCUGCUGUACUGCUGCAAUUGGAGAAGAUGGAGAUCCUCAGGCUGUGUUGGAUGCGGACUUCCGUGUUCGUGGGGUUGACGGCUUGCGUGUUGUGGAUGCUUCGGUCUUUCCUAAGAUUCCAGGUUACUAUAUCGCCCUACCCAUCUAUAUGAUCAGUGAGAAGGCUGCCGAGGUUAUCAUUGCAGAUGCCGUAUGA